UUCAGCAGGAAGUGGGCAGAGAAACGGGAAGAAUAAACGCGGCCCUUGAACUAAGUACAAGAGAAGAGGCGGUGCCGUUUUGUCUGCGAGCGGAUCGGAGUCGUGCCGUGUAGUGCCGGACCGGACCGGACCGGACCGGACCGGACCGGACCUCAGGGCCCAUGGCGGCGGCGGCGGCUGGGCUGCGCCUGCGAGCCGGAGGUCCCGCUCUCCUCUCGCGUUUCCGAGGCGCGCUCGUGGGCGCCGUCCUGGGCGACUGCGUGGGCGGGGAGUUCGAGGGCGCCGAGGAGGUCCCGCUGGAGCGCGUGCUACAGCACUUGAGUGCGCUGGAGCGCGAGGAGCGCGGUGAAGGGAUCCUGCAGUACAGUGAUGACACAGCAAUGACACGCUGUGUGGUCCAGUCCCUCCUGACCCGCGGAGUGUUUGACCAGCAGGACUUGGCUCGCAGGUUCGCCGAAGAGUACCGGAGCGCUCCAGGGCGGGGCUACGGCUCAGGUGUGGUGCAGGUCCUGCAAAAGCUUGCCUCUCCCCGUCUCAGCGAUGUCUUCCAGCCGGCGCGCGCCCAGUUCGGCGGUCGGGGCUCUUUCGGCAAUGGAGGCGCAAUGAGAUCCGCUCCUUUUGCUCUGGCCUUCAGCGACCCUGCCCAAGUCAAGAAGUACUCUCGCCUGGGCGCCAUGCUCACCCAUUACUGCUCUCUCGGCUAUAACGGGGCAGUGCUGCAGGCCUUGGCGGUGCACUUAGCCUUGCAAGGGGCACUAGAAGUUCCCCAGGCCUUCAUCAACAGUCUCAUCUCAGAGAUGGAGGACAUUGAGGCUGAGGACCAAGCCUUUAGUGAUGCACGCGCACUCAACGAGCCGGAGUUUCCAUUUUGCACUCGCCUACGGCGGGUGAAAGAGUUCAUGGAGAGGAGCAGUGUGAGCAUUGAGGAGGUUACGUCAGAGCUGGGGAAUGGCAUCGCAGCCCUGCAUUCUGUCCCCACUGCCAUCUUUUGUGUGCUGCACUGCCUCGAACCACAACCCGGACUGCCGGACUGUUAUGGAGGCUUUGAGAGGACGGUGGCGUACUGUCUGGCUCUGGGGGGUGACACGGACACUAUCGCCUGCAUGGCUGGAGCCAUAGCCGGAGCGCACUACGGCAUUGAGGCCGUGCCCCCUGCCUGGCAGCGAUGGUGUGAGGGGGCCGAGGAGGCGGAGGUUUGGGCGGAACACCUGCAUCAGCUGUACCUGCGAUCACUGCAAAGAGGUGACAGUGAGACAGCGUGCAGCAAUAAGGAGUCCCCAGCUGAGUGACAUGUGGAGACACUAAAAUACAGCUCAUCUUUGACGUGCAACGACGCACAAGCACAAAUGCAGGAAACACUACUGUUGGUCAAGCGUUCUCAUGUACAACUAAAUGGAUGUCUAAUUGACUGGCUUAUGUUUUAAUGGAUAGAAUUAACUUGUUUUAGUCUAUAAACAGAGUAAUAAAAGUAAUAAAAAUAAUGAAGUAAUUAGAAGCUGGUGACUGGUUUGAAAAUCUUGUCCAGAGACCUGCAAAUACUACAUAUUUGCUCGCUGGUCAGUGAUGUAUAAUAGAUUGUGUAAUUCUGUAGGUGUUUAGUGAUGAUGAGAGAUUUGUUUUAUAGCCAGCGGCUUAUUUUUCUGUAAAGUUCAGUCUUAAAGGUGAUUUUGUGAUAAAUGUAUCUAAAGGUCGUAGGUUUGAUUCUCACCUCUGUCUGUAGUACCCUUGAGCAAGGUACUUACCCUAAA